AGAGUUAUACACUUCAAUUUUAGUGUAUGAUUGCCAAAAAGAAGGAAAAAAGACACCUUUUUAGCUAACUUUUUGUGUUUGCAAGUGUGUGAAGAACAACGGUGGUGACGACAGUCGAUUAAGCUAGGAAGCAAAUAUCUGGCUUAUAAUGCUUCACAUAAAUUUCUCUUUCUCUGUUGAUUUUGUGGGAUCCUUGUUUUCUCUCUAAACCCAAACUCUCAAUUCAGAGCCUAUGUCUUGAGAUCCCGACCUUUGAUUUUCUGAUAAUGGCAACUGCUUCUUCUCUAAUUGCCUUUUCAUCUUUUUCCAACUUUUCCUUUACUCAUCCAAAUUUCAGAUUUCAUUUCAAUUUUCCUAACCCACCUCUCAAAUUCAACUCCAAACCUUUCAGGGUUCAAGCCCUUAAACAGAAAACCGGCGAAAUCGAUCGCCCAUCUCCAUCUUCCUCUUCUUCUGCAGAUGAAGUUACCAAGAAGUACGGACUUGAAGCUGGUCUUUGGAAGAUAUUUAGCUCUAAGGAGGAGGGUGAAGGGACAAACAAAUCAAAGGGUGAUCAAGCAAAAGAGUUGCUAGCGAAAUAUGGGGGUGCAUAUUUAGCCACCUCCAUAACUCUAUCCUUGAUCUCUUUCUCUCUAUGUUAUGCGCUCAUCAGUGCCGGUGUCGACGUUCAAGCUCUUCUGCAGAAGGUAGGAAUUUCAACUGAUGAGACAGGAGGGAAAGUUGGAACAUUUGCUUUGGCAUAUGCAGCACAUAAAGCUGCUUCUCCGAUAAGGUUUCCUCCAACAGUGGCUCUCACUCCAAUUGUUGCAAGUUGGAUUGGGAAGAAAGUUGAGAAAGAGAAUUAGUAUAAUGUCUUACUUUGAGACUACAAAGUUAUUCGUUAGAGUUCUUAUCUAAAGUUACUUGAUAGUGUAUAUUGGGUUUAAUUUUAAUCCAUGUAGAUUGUAUACUAAUGAGUUAUAAUGUACACGUCCUUUUUGAAUCA